CAGAACCUUAAUGCAAACAGGAAUCAAAAUGGAAUUAUUUGGCAGUUAGUUUCUUUCAACCAAAAAAAUUACGUAGUUUGGAACUUCUUCAUCUUGCAUUUCCAGUUUUCCUUGUAGAAAAUGCAUGUUUUCCCGUGCAAUGAGAAAACUGUGUCGGAUAAGUUGGCAGUUUAACUCCUCUUGUCCAAAACCCCUCAACGAAAAUAGCGCUCAAUCUCUUUUCAGACGCUUCACAGUCUCAUCAUCAUCUCCGCUUGAAGAACACUAUCCUAGUACUCCCCGUACCAGAACAACCCAACGGCAUUAUUUAAGCGAACUAUUAUUCUCGCUAGCUAACUCCGCAUUACACUACAAAGAAGUCCAUAGUCAAGUGAUUGUUUCAGGGUUUCAAAGCAAUAUUUUCCUUAACAACGUCCUUAUUCAGUCGUAUUCAAAAGCCGGAUGUUUGGAAUAUGCCCGUACUUUGUUCGACAAAAUGCCUAAAAGGGAUAUAAUCACUUGGUCUUCACUGAUUACUAUGUAUACCCAAAGUGGGUAUUAUGAGGAGGCCUUAUUGCUCUUCUCUGACUUUAUAAGUAGUUAUGAGGACCCGAAUGAGUUUCUCUUGGCUAGUGUUGUUAGCUGUUGUGGACGGUUAGGUAGUGCCGUGAAAGGUGCUCAAUUGCAUUGUUUUGUGCUUAAAGCUGGUUUUGAUCAGUUUGUGUAUGUUGGUACGUCUUUAAUCGAUUUUUACUCCAAGGGUGGAGAUGUAGGUGCGGCAAGACUAAUUUUUGAUGAUUUGUCCGUGAAGAGUACGGCCACUUGGACCGCAAUAAUUGCAGCGUGUGCAAAUGCGGGGAAGAGUGAACUUUCCUUGCAGCUAUUGAGAAAUAUGUUGGAGACUGAUGUUGUUCCUGAUAAUUAUAUGGUUUCAAGUAUCUUAGGUGCUUGUUCGUUGCUUGAGUAUCUUGAAGGAGGAAAGGAAAUGCAUGCAUAUGUGCUUAGACGAGGCGCAAAGAUGGAUGUUACAGUGACUAAUGUUCUUAUUGAUUUCUAUAUGAAGUGUGGUAAGGUUAAGACUGCAAGGAAAGUUUUUGAUCAAAUGGAAGUUAUUGACACUAUUUCUUGGACAACAAUGAUCUCUGGGUACAUGCAGAAUUCUUCUGACUGGGAAGCCAUAAGCAUGUUUAGAGAUAUGAACAGUUUGGGUUGGACUCUAGAUAGAUUUGCUUGCAGUAGUGUACUUAUCUCUUGUGGCUCGCUUGAAACUUUAGAUUUGGGAAGACAAGUGCAUGCUUAUACCGUGAAAGCUAAUGUUGAUUCUGAUGGCUUUGUGAAGAAUAGCUUGAUCGAUAUGUACUCAAAAUGUGAUUCAUUUGGUGAUGCAAGGAAGGCUUUUGACUGUAUGGUUAAUCAUGAUGUAAUAUCUUAUAAUGCCCUUAUUGAAGCUUGUUUAACGCAGGAUAGGCUGUAUGAAGCUUUUGAACUAUUUGCUGAAAUGAGAGAUAAUCUGAUUCUUCCAAGCCUUUUGACUUUUGUUAGCCUGCUUGGUGCUUCAGCUUCACUCUUUUCCUUGGAGUUGAGUACGCAACUUCAUGCUCUCACCAUAAAAUUUGGUUUUUCGGCUGGCAUGUUUGUUUGUAGCAUCCUAAUAGAUGUUUACUCAAAAUGUUCAUCUGUUAAAGAUGCAAGGCAAGUAUUUAAUGAGAUAAAUGAGAAGGAUAUUGCUGUAUGGAAUUCUAUGUUGUUUGGGUAUAUACAACAGUGUGAAAAUGAAGAGGCUCUAAAGCUCUUCCUAAAAUUGCAGCAUUGUUUGCAAAAGCCAAAUACGUUGACUUUUGUUGCCCUCAUUGCUUCUUCUAGUAACCUAGUAAGUCUCCUCCACGGUCUCCAGUUUCAUAACCAGAUUGUAAAAGUCGGCCUAGAUUUUGAUCCGCAUGUUACAAAUGCACUGGUUGAUAUGUACUCCAAGUGUGGAAGCUUGGAAGAAGCACAGAGGAUGUUUGAUUCCGCUCUCCAGAGAGAUAUCGCAUGUUGGAAUUCUAUGAUAUCCACUUAUGCACAACAUGGAGAAGCAAAGGAAGCUAUUAAUAUGUUUGAGAAAAUGAUAAAUGAUGGACAUAAACCUAACAAUGUCACUUUUGUUGGAGUGCUUUCAGCAUGUAGCCAUGUAGGGCUUGUUGAAGAAGGAUUGCAUCACUUCUCUUCCAUGUCCAGGUAUGGUAUUGAACCAGAAACAGAGCAUUAUGUUUGCAUUGUUUCUCUCUUGGGUCGGGCUGGUAAACUGGUUGAAGCAAUGCAAUUCAUUGAACAAAUGCCCAUUCCACCAGCCGCCAUUGUGUGGAGGAGUUUGCUUGGUGCGUGUAGAGAAGCUGGUCAUAUAGACCUGGGAAAAUAUGCAGCAUCAAUGGCGAUAUCUAUUGAUCCAAAAGACAGUGGAUCAUAUAUCCUACUUUCAAAUAUAUUUGCGUCUAAAGGCAUGUGGAUCAAUGUUAAAAAGUUAAGAGAGAAAAUGGAUAGCAACGGCGUGUUGAAAGAAACAGGGUGUAGUUGGAUAGAAAUAAAUAAUGAGGUGCAUUUGUUUAUAGCAAGGGACCAAAGUCAUCACCAAACUGAUUUGAUAUAUUCAUUCAUGGAACUUCUGAUUCGGCAUGUGAAAGGGAUGGGGUAUGAUCCUGAGGAUACUACCUUCUCAAAUGAGUAACCUCUCUUUGUCAGCUUUGCUGUGAUAUGCUAUUAUCAAGAACAUAAGUGAGCAAGGUGGUCGUAGAUGCCCAAAAUGACAAUUAGAAGCAAGACAUUAUGUUAGGGUUCUAUUGCUGUCGAAAGUUCUCUUUUUUAGGCAGUGCAACUUUUGCUAGUCAGUUCAGCAACAAAACUGAAACUGUGGACCAAAAUGAACUAUUGCAACAAUUCAUCAGCUCUGAAUGGAAGAUAUUGAAGAAUCAGGAACAAUUUGGACCAAAAUGGAUAAAAUGAGGCUCCGGGGAAGUUGCGCACUUUGCAAUUAUCGCCCGCGAAGGACCUGGAGCACAAACAGCUUACACUACGGCACGAGUAUAGCGUGGAGCACCAAUUUUGAAGCCUGGCCAGCAUUGUCUCGGUCCAUCAUGUGAAUAUCGGGUAAAGGGAGGCCCCAUGCCAAAUUCAAGUCACACUAUAGCAUGAUUGGCGCGAGCAGCAACAUCUUUGGAUGACCUCGAGAAAAAGAGAUUACAGGACAAUUGAGUUUAAAGCGCAAGUACCUUGUGAAGGUCAUUUACAUCCUCGCCGUAGUCGAGCAAUAAUGCAAGUAUGGCGUGAAGAACGAAUUAUGGGGGAAGCUUUGAGUGUGUUAUGGUCAAAAUGGGAUUUUUGCCCAAUUUAAAAGCUCCUAACCCAGCAGAGAGAAGAAUGCAGAGGAAGCAAGAGGCGAUUUGGAGCUCAACUUGGUUGUAGAGUUCUUUCUUUUUCCUUCCAUCUAGUGAUUUCUAUAUUAUUUUGGGAACUAUUUGAGAUUGUUAUUAUGGCUACGUGUGCUUAGACUCCUAAUUUCUAGGGUUAUGACUUAUGAGAUCUUGACAUGAAUGUUUAAGUUUGAUGUUUUCUUGAGGCUAAU